AUGCCCCCUAAGGCCCAGAAGACCCCCACCACCGGCGGAAAGGCCCCCGCUGGCAAGGCGCCCGCGGAGAAGAAGGAGGCUGGCAAGAAGACCGCCGCUCCCUCUGGCGACAAGAAGAAGCGCACCAAGUCCAGGAAGGAGACCUACUCCUCCUACAUCUACAAGGUCCUCAAGCAGGUCCACCCUGACACCGGUAUCUCCAACCGUGCCAUGUCCAUCCUGAACUCUUUCGUCAACGACAUUUUCGAGCGCGUUGCCACCGAGGCUUCCAAGCUUGCUGCCUACAACAAGAAGUCCACCAUCUCUUCCCGCGAGAUCCAGACCUCUGUCAGGCUGAUCCUCCCGGGUGAGCUGGCCAAGCACGCCGUUUCGGAAGGCACCAAGGCCGUCACCAAGUACUCUUCCUCCACCAAAUAG